AUCUUCUGACGUGGACGAAUGUUAUUGGCUAGCGCGCCCGUAAUUCGUAUACCUCAAAAUAAAUCGACUGCAAUAACACCACCCUAUUUCAUCAGGUCCCCUCUGUUUUCUCGCUCUCACCCGCCACUUUUUUUCCGGUCGGUGAAUUUUCCGGGGGUGGGUCGUCACAAAUGCAGACUCAUUUUCCCGGGAAAGUCCAAUUCUCAGAUUGCAAUUCCGCAGCGACCGAUCCUUUCACUUCCACAUUAUUCAAACUUGCCGACGCAUAAACCUAUCGAUUGAUUAAAUCAUUUAUUUUCCUCGUCGGAGUUUCAAUUUAUAUCAUUAUAAUUGGACUACGAUCUUCAUCAAGAAUUGAGUAAUUAUCAAUUAAUUGCUAAUCGACCUUUGAUGUGACCAAGAUAAUUGGGGCUGUUGUUGUAAUCUUUGGCCAUAUUCGUGGGACGUUGUGGUGUUUGGCAGGUAAAAAUGAGGUCGAGUCAUGGAAGUUCUUCCAGAAAAAGUUCCUUGACGAGCUCAUCGUCAAUGCCGAAGAAGAAAGCUCUCGAGAAUGGAGCCCGCAAUUCUUUUAGAAAAUCUAUGUCUUCUCGUUCCAUGGGACUAACUGGAGAGCGUACAGUGAGGCGAUUGAGGCUGUCGAAGGCCCUGACAAUACCUGACUCUACGAGUUUAUAUGAAGCUUGUCGUCGGAUGGCUGCUCGUAGAGUUGAUGCUUUAUUGCUGACUGACUCAAAUGCAUUACUGUGUGGAAUCUUGACGGCUAAGGAUAUAGCAACAAGAGUUAUUGCUCGUGAGCUUAAUCUUGAAGACACACCCGCUUCAAAGGUUAUGACGAGGAACCCAGUGUUUGUUCUUUCUGAUACUCUUGCUGUGGAAGCCUUGCAGAAGAUGGUGCAAGGGAAAUUUAGACAUUUGCCUGUUGUUGAGAAUGGAGAAGUCAUUGCUUUACUUGAUAUAGCAAAAUGUUUGUAUGAUGCCAUUGCUCGCAUGGAAAGGGCAGCCGAAAAAGGGAAGGCCAUUGCGGCAGCUGUUGAAGGUGUUGAAAAACACUGGGGAACAUCUUUUUCUGGUCCUAAUUCAUUCAUGGAAACACUUCGAGAGAGAAUGUUUAGGCCCUAUUUGUCAACAAUCAUUUCUGAGAAUUCAAAGAUUGUAACAGUCUCACCUACUGACACGGUACUAAUGGCAACUAAGAAGAUGCAUGAGUGUCGAGUAAGCUCUGCAGUUGUAACAGUUGAAAACAAACCACGGGGAAUUCUAACUACAAAGGACAUCUUGAUGCGGCUAAUAGCACAAAAUCUUCCUCCAGAGUCCACUCUAGUGGAGAAGGUAAUGACCCCAAAUCCAGAAUGUGCGACAGUUGAUACACCCAUUGUUGAUGCUUUGCAUACCAUGCAUGAUGGGAAAUUUUUACACCUUCCUGUAGUUGAUAGUGAUGGAAUUGUAGUUGCUGUGACUGAUGUGCUCCAUAUCACUCAGGCUGCUGUUGCCACUGUGGGAAGUACUGCUGGAGUUAGUAAUGAGGCCUCGAACACUCUGAUGCAAAAGUUUUGGGAUUCUGCCAUGGCAUUGAGUCCUUCGGAUGAUGAGGAAGAGACGCGCAGCAAUGGUUCCUUGCAAAUGGCUUCUGAAGGGGCAGAGACUGGGAGAAAUCUUUCCUAUACUUCGUCAGGCCUGCCUACUACGUUUGCUUUCAAAAUUCAAGAUAAAAGGGGCCAAAUUCAUAGGUUCAAUUGUGAUGUUCAGAGUUUGACGAGCCUUAUAACCGCGAUCCUUCAGAGGAUGGGGGAUGACAUUGACCGCAACAAUCUGCCUCGGAUUUUGUAUGAGGACGAAGAUCUUGACAAGGUUGUACUCGCGUCAGAUAGUGAUCUUGCAACAGCUGUGGAACAUGCCAAGUUAACUGGUUGGAAGGGAUUGAGAUUGCAUUUAGAUUAUUCAGUAACAAGUGGUCGGAGAAGGGGCUCCAGCUCCGGAGAUAUGGAUUAUGCAAAUGCAGAUGCAUGGGCUUCUGCAUACAGCGCUGUUGCAGCUGGGGCAGCUCUAGCUGCUGGAUUAGGUUUACUAGCAUACUUGAGGAAAAUUGGCAUUUAAUUAUUGCUAAAUAUACUUUAUAUUUGAAACAAGAAGGAAUUGCAACUGGCUUAGAAGAAUUCUAAGGCUGACGAAUCCAUUGUUUGACUAUGAUGUGUGAUUGUCUAGAACCAUAUAUUCUUUGUCACCAAGGUUCUUGGAGUUUGCUGAACAUUUGGAAUUGUUUAUAAUCAAUAAAAUGGUGACAACUAAAGUUUUCAAAUUGUUUCACUGGACUGCCAAGAUUGUCGAUCAACUGAUUAUAGUUGCCAAAUCACCUUAAUUGGAACAAGCUUAAUUCUCUGUCACCAAGAGUGUCAACUUCUCCGCAAUAUAUCUAUAUCUAUAUUUUCAAGACCUUCAUAUAUUCUGUUUAAUCAAACUUCUGAAGCUAUGAUUGUUCCAUUUCGAUGUCAAUAUAACCACAAUUUUUGAAAAAAAAAAAAAAAAACAUUUCAUUAAUUGCAAAAGAGGUGACAUAUCUCAAGUUGUUAUGAAGGUAUUUGUCUCACGUCGGAUCUAGAUAGGAAAGUGAUUUGGUAUAAAUGGGUGGGUAUAUAGUACUACCCAAUAACUUGAGUUUUUGGGUAAAUGGACAAGUACCGACUUGUUACAGUUGAUAUCAG